AUGCGCCACUCGCGAGGUUCUGCAGAUAUUCAACAAGAACAACAAGAAAUCAGACCAAUACUGACACAACAGCGAGAGAUACAACACAAAAAUAUAUUUGGUGUAUAUGACGUCCAAGCAGCAGAGCUCCUUCUUCACCAUGACAUUCUCAUCAAUGACGAGCUCUUGUCGCUUCAUCUGUGGAUGCAGACGUACAAUAUUGGUGCGGUUUUGACGAUGAUCCCAUUGUGUUUCUAUGUCAUUUACCCAUUGAUUGAAAGGAAGCGUGGUAAACCGAACAGAUUGCUCGUCAAGAUAGGCGCAGGACUGGCCAUUGCUUGUCUUUCGUCACUGGUCGCAGUUGUGGUCGAGUUUGGACGCUGCUCGCGACCAAAACCUGUGAAAAACUUGACAGUACACGUCCAGGCUCCCAUCUUUCUGCUCCUUGGGUUGUCCCAAGUGUUCGUCGCCAUUGCAGGUCUGGAGUUUGCCUAUGGUUUAGUUCCAAGAGCUCUACCGGGUUUAGCUGUAGGGAUAUGGUAUGCUGCUAUGGGAAUUGGGAGUUUCACAAUGCAAAUCUUGUACCAAAUUUCACGUUAUGUCUUCGAGAAAGAAGGCAGAGCCACCUCAUGCUACCCAGAAGACCAAAGGACAGAAAUAUUCUUCCAUCUGGAUUACUACUUCAUAACUUUCUUUGUGAUUUCCCUCGUGAAUUUUGCCUUUUUUGUUCUUAUUUCUUUGAAAGCGACAAGGAUCGGAGGAUACAAUGAUACCCCCGAAGGAUGCCUCGACGACCAGUUCAGUCAUUCCUACGAGCUCCAGGCCAGAAGACGUGGGUCCAACACUGCCCAGUACAGCUAAGCAAAUAUGUGACCACAGACUGAGAGAACUGAUGGAAAUUAAUUUUUUUGUUUUGUUUUGUUAUUUAGAUUUGAAAAUCAAAUAUGUUCAAUCACGCUUAGUCGUUUUUAAGCGAGUUGAGCAUUUGAAAUACAAAACAUUCAUGACUACUUAUAAGCCGUGCAUGUACCGGGGUAUCUACCAACAUUUUUU